GUCAAUCCCCCACCGCGCAGCCUCGCCGUCGGUAUGGACGAGGAGAGGACGGAGGCGUGGUGGAGCCGACGUGCGUGGGCGCUGCUGUCGGCCGUUCGCGAGCGGGCGCCGCUGGUGCAAUGCACCACCAACCUCGUCUCCAUGGACAUCGCUGCCAACGUGCUCACCGCCGCCGGCGCCUCCCCCGCCAUGCUCCACUGCCUCCGCGAGAUCCCCGACUUCACCCCGCGCUGCGACGUUGUCUACAUCAACGUCGGUACCCUCUCCGAGGACUGGCUCCCCUCCAUGCGCGCCGCCGCCUCCGCCGGCCGCCCCUGGGUGCUCGACCCCGUCGCAGCUGCCGCCUCCGGAUUCCGGAUGGAGGCCUGCCUCGAGCUCCUCGCUCUCCGGCCCGCCGUCGUCAGGGGCAACGCGUCGGAGAUCCUCGCCCUCGCCGCCAGCUCAGACAGCUCCUCCUCCUUCAAUGGUGUGGACAGUUCACAUGACUCAGGGGAGGCCCUGCAAGCCGCGAAAGCAUUGGCACGGUCCAGCGGGUCAGUCAUUGCGGUAUCUGGAGCAGUUGAUUUCAUCACGGAUGGUCAGCAGGUCAUCAGUGCUAGCAAUGGUGUGGCAAUGAUGCAGAAGAUCACGGCAUGUGCGCUCGCCAUCUUUGGACUCGCUGGAGAGAUUGGAAUGGAGUCGGCUAAAGGACCUGCCUCUCUCAGGACGCACCUCAUCGAUGCUCUCUACGGCCUCGAUGAGCAGACCGUCACAUCCGGGGUCAAAAUUGCCCUAGUGCCGUAACACAUCUCUACCGUGGUUACCAGUGUUUAGGAAAUAUACAGUCUGGGGUGAUCUGCAGGGUCCUGGAAAACCAUGAAGCAUAUGAGAUCGGAUUGGCAGUUGCCGUCCAUGUGUACAUGACCCCAUCAAUAAAUUGUCCGUGACCAUCCAUCUCGGCUGUACUAACUACCAAGUACAUAUUUGUGAAUUGUGAU